GAAAAAAUGUCAGUGCUAUUUCCUGAAAUAAAAGUUGAAACUUCUAACAUCACUAGACAUACCUUGGACAAUUAUUUUAUUUUUGAAAGUAGUUGGAGGAAAGCAGUUUUGGAAACAGAACAAAUUAAGAAAGACUGCACCACAGCAUUUGGUCUAAGAGAGUUAAAAGAAUCCACCAAAAUACCAUAUUUACCAGAAAUUAAGAGUUGUCAGAAAAGUUCAACUCCAUUAGAGGUUCGGAAAAGUCAAUUGUAUGCUGAUCCUGACACCUUCCCAAUCAGUUAUAGGUCAAAGAAUAUCAAGCAGACAUGCCCUAUGAUGCAACAUAAGGAGAAAUCAAAAGGACUCUUUAGACACUCAAAUUCUUCUCCAAUCAAUUUUGAUUCUGGCUUUAUGGAUCCUUUCUCCGGUGCAUCAUCUCAGUUCUUACAUAGACUUUCUAGAAUGGCCCUUUUGGAGUAUGACACUAUUCGUCAAGAGACAACUAAAAAAUCAAAAAAGAUCAAGAAACAAGAGCAAAGAGACUGCUUAGAUGUAUAGCUCGUCGCUUCCUGUAUUGAUUUUUAAGCUUUAUAAUUUUUCAUUUUUAUGUGAUGAUAUA